CAACAUGACGCUUACAAUGAGAAACCUUGUGCUCGCUGUUUUCUCUAUCUUCCUACAAGGUGGUUUCGUAAACAAGGCGGAGAACAUUAUGCUGGCAAAGCCCAGUAAACUCAACAGUGUUUACUGGAAUGCCGAAUAUGCCAAUGAUGGUAACCCCGGGUCCUUACCGGCUAGAACCUGGUCCACUGUGAAUCCCUACUGGCAGGGGGAUCUACAGGGAUACUUCACUGUCCACAACAUCUCAGUUACGCGUGACGUCGUCUAUGGCCAUGGACAAGACCUGGGGAGUUCUUACGUUGGUGUGUCCACGGAUAACAGCCUCGACUGCCCUAACCCGGACAUCUUCAUCUGCGGCCAAUGUCCAGAAGUAUUCGGUGUAGGAAACACCUUCACGUUUACUUGUUCCCACCCACAACCAGUCAGAUUCGUGAAGGUCUGGAGAAACCUCACUGGUAUUUUAGUGAUUUCGGAAAUUGAGGUUGAAGGCACGCCCCUGAGAAGAAGUGGAGCAAAGUACCAGAAACAACGCAACUUCAAAGCAGCAUCGCCUUUGAAGUCUCUCACGGCUGCCUCCGCCAAUGACUGCGGUCUCCAGUGUCACUUGUCCCAGCCUUGCCUGAGUUUCAGCUACCACCCAACAGCUGCCCCCAACUGUCUCCUCACAGCAAACCCAGAGGAUGCAGCAACAGCAGUCGGAUGGACCAAGUACACCAUCGAGAAGUGUUCGAGCAAGAUCACCUGUGACCUGACAGACCAAUUCAAUUAAAACCAGAUCUACUAACAGAACAGAAUUUAUUCAGUCGUUUGGUCAAAAUACUACGUAAAGGCUGUUCUGUUGAAUUAACCAACAGUACCAGUGUUAAACCCUGUGAACCUAUGUUUAUGGAACUUUGGCUGUGUUUCUGUGUAAAAUAUACAUAGACAUUUUGUAAAUACGCACUAGAAUAUAUCUGUAGUGUCCUAAAUGAGCAAAGGAAAUUACUUUGGUUAAACGUUGAAUUGCUUACCCUGACUUACCGUUCAAAACAAGUGCGUAACACAAAGUAGUUAACUGUCAAUUGUUACGAGUGGAUCGGAUAAAUUAUCGACUGAAUUUCACUAUGUAAUUGUUCAGAUUAUGAACUACAGAAAGAAAGAAACACUUACUUUGAUUAGUUCUCCUGAAAAGAUCAUCCAAUGAAAUCGCUAGUCUUGUUAGAAAGUCUAGCCAUACAUUGUUUAUCAACAGAGAUGGCCUCUCGGAAAUCUCGUGUGCAUUUUAACGAUCU